AUGGAAAGUAAUAAAAGUCGAGAUAUAAAUAUUAGUUAUCCAAUAAAUCAAACAUCAGCUAGACCAAAUUAUACAGAUUUAGUACCAGCUAUAAUACAUCAUAUUGUUAUUGGUGAUAUUGAUAUAAGUAAUCAUCCAACAUGGACAACGUCAAGAGAUGCUUGUCUAAAAUUACAUCCAGAUUAUGAAUAUAAAUUUUGGAAUGAUUCACUAGCCGAAGAACUUAUUCGAAAAGAAUAUUCAUGGUUUUUGGAAACAUGGAAAAGUUAUCGCUAUCCAAUACAACGUGCAGAUAGUUUACGUUAUCUUGUUCUCUAUCAUUAUGGAGGAAUAUUUCUUGAUAUGGAUCUUCAUUGUCGUCGUUCAUUAGGACCACUUCGUCGUUUUGAUUUUAUUUCACCAGCUGCUUAUCCUGUUGGAAUAUCAAAUGGUUUUCUUAUGGCUUCAGCUCAUCAUCCAUUUAUUAAAGUUCUCGUUGAUCAAUUACCUUUGUUUAAUCGAAAUUUUAUUUUUCCUUACGCAACAGUAAUGUUUUCAACUGGCUGUAUGUAUAUAUCAGCACAAUAUUCACUUUAUAAUGAUCAUUGUCGUCUACGACUCUUAGAUUAUAAACAACAUCGUCUAAGUGGUCAUGUAUCUACACCAUUAUUUCAUCAUUAUGGUAGUAGUAGUUGGCAUUCAGGAGAUGCAUCAUUUAUUAAACAAGCAGAUUAUCUUAUAAAUCGUCUGAUUUAUCAUCAACAAUUAUUUUUUAUUCAUAUCUUCGUAUUCAUUAUUAUUAUUAUUUAUGUAUUAUAUCGUCGACGAAGAACAAAAAAAGAAGAAAAACUAGAGUAUAUUUUGUUAACAUAA